CCGAUCUGGCUUGUGGCAGUCAGAACCCCGGAGUGAGUCAGAACAUAUUCAAACAGCACAUCAAUAAGACGUACAACAAAGCCGAUAAAGUAAGAAUUAUGGCUGGCGAGGAGGAGAUGAAUGUGGACCAGUUGAAGGCCACUCUGAAGAGCUGCAACCUGAAUCCGAAGGACGCAGAUGAUUUCACCGAGUUCGAGGCUACUUUGAAGAAGAUUCAGGAUAUUCUGGACAACAAAGACGCUCCAGAGGAUCCGGAUUUGGAGAAGAAAAUUGACAAAGUAAAGGAAUAUGUUGACUUUGAGAACCUCGAUGUGGACAAUGUGCGCCUCAAGGUGACUGGGAAUCGCACGGUGAUCAACAAGAAGGCCCUGGAGGCAGAGGCCGAGAAGGAGGCGAAGACCAUGAACCAGCAGAGCUUCAUGGAGCAGGUGGAGCGGGAUGCCAACGACAGAGCGGAGGCCCGUGCCAAGUGCGAGUACGAAGCCGAGAUGCUUAGAGCGCAAGGCAACGAUGCUUUUCGGGCCAAUAAGUUGGAGAAGGCAAUUCUCCUCUACGGCAGAGCCAUUGAAAAGAUCAAGGACAGCGCCAUAACUUACAACAAUCGCGCCUUGUGCUAUCUUAGGCUACGGAAUUUCAAGCGAGCUUUGCAGGAUUGUCAGCACGUGGUGGACAAGUUGCAGGACUCGAAUCUGCGGGCCUGGCUCUACAAGGCCAAUGCCCACAAGCACCUCCACCAGGUGGAGGAGUACGAGGCGAGCAUCACCAAAGCACGCGAGAGGAAUCCCACUCAGCUGGCCUACAUCGACAAGUACAUCAAGCAGAUGGAAGCGGAAGACAAUUAGUACACCCACUUUUAGUACAUAGUUUAUACUCACUCAGCAUUAGCAUGACGCCCAAAAAAGAGACACACGAAUAAAGGAACGGAAGGUGAACACUGCCCAAA